AUGAACGGCCAGACAUCAAGACCCGACUCGGGCAGCUUUGGCACCAAUCCCGCCAAUAGCGGCGGCGGCGGCGGCGGCGGCGGCGGUGGAAGCACUCUCCUUCCCGGUCUGGCUGGCACCGAGUCCGAAAAGCAACUCACGCAGCGCGAGCUCGCAGCACUCAAGACGAUCAAGCGCAACGUCGACACGACCAAGUACGCCGGCUGGCUGCUCGGUGCCUCGGGGACAUGGGUGCUUCUCUCGCGACGCAAGCCUCCUCCGCGCAUGCUGCCCAAGCUCGGAUGGAGCGUCGUUGGCGGUCUUGGCGGAUCAUUCCUAACAAUGCCGAUUGGCAUCCUGCUCAGCCGCGGCGUGCUGAAGGAAGUCGAAGAUCCACAGCAUCUAAGGAGGGUGUUGGCUGGCGCGAUUGAGGAACAGCGACAGGGCAAGCGGCCGCAGGUGGGUGUUGCGCCGCCGAAAGGAUUGAACGGCGAGACGGAUUUCGACCAGUCGUCGUCGCAGCAGCAGCAGCAGCAGCAGCAACAACAACAACAACAACAACAGCAGCAAUCGCAGCAGGAGUGGGGAGGCGAACAGGCGGCGCAGAGUGACGGCUCCUCGUUCGAUAGGAGUGGAGCCACCGCCGAUACUUUCAGCGCCUACUCGGCGACGCAGGCGUCUUCGCACACGGGGAGGAGCGCAAACGGCGAGAGGAACGCUCCUUCUGAGCAGUCGUCAUCCAACGCAGCUCCCGAUGGUACGGGACCAGGCACACGGUGGGCGCAGCUCCGAGGCGAACGCGGCGUCGAGCCCAGCAUGUGGGAGCGCAUCAGACAGGACAACGCUCGCACUGCGUACAGCCGGUCUGCCUCGGCUCGCGCGGAGCCGGGCAACUCAGAGGAUCCAUCUUCCUACAACAGCAAUCCAUCGAGCCCGUCGAACCGACAGCAGCAACAACAGCCACGCACGUCUUCGUACACCUCUCGUCCCGCCGCUCGAAACCGGGAAGAGCCGGUCAUGGCUCUCUCCGGAGCCGAGGACGAUCCUCGCUGGUCUUCACCGGCCACCUUUUCGCCGCAGUCGAGCGGCUGGGGCAACAACGAGUUUCUCCACGACCCCGCUGCCCCACCUAACCAGCGUGGCGACGCUUCCGCCAAGCGCGGCUACGGCAUCCUCUCGGUCCUUGAAGACUCGCCUGCCACCUCGUCUGGGUACCAGCUCGAGUCGGAUGCACCCAUCCAGGUGGUCAAAGGCUCUCUCCUCGCGUCGCUCGUUGGCGGGGUCAGUGGGUCGAUCUACGGCGUGCUUCGCGGGCGCCAAGGCGCAGGAACCGUGCUAGGCACACGGAUGGCGUUCAGCUCGUUCGCGUUCGCGUUCCCUUUCUUCGCGGUGCGCGAGUACGUCGUGUCGCCCGUGCUGAACCGCACGUCGAGCGGUCCGGACCCCGCCAACCGCCACAUGCGGCUGCGCACGGUGGUGCCGAACCGACACACGCACAACCUGCUGGCUUCCGGCCUGGCGGGCGCGGUGGUGGGUGCGGGCGCCGCGGCGUUCACACGUGGACCGGCGGCGAUGCACAAAGGAAUCCUCGCGUUCGGCAUCGUGUGUACGGGCCUGCAGCUCGCGGGGAACGAGGCGAGGAUGGUGAGGGAUAGCUUGAUCCGCCCUGUGCCUCGGGGUGUGCCCGCGCCGCAAAGCACCCAGGGCAACUCGAGCGACGCAGCUGUGUCGGUCUCUCAGGCGGCCGCACCGCUGGUCGACGUCGAGCCGAAACAGCAACCGCCGCAAGAACAGCCGGGCAAGGCCGGCUGGCUGGACAAGGUCAAGAAAGCCAUGCCGAUCAGAAGCGUCUCGGACGAAGAGUACGAGGUGAAGCUCAAGGAGAGGCUGAACGGCGUCAAUCAGAGGAUGGCGGAUGUGGAAGCCGAAAUCCGCGAGAUCGAGGGGCUACUUGAGCAGCACGAGCAGCAGCAGGAGGGAAGGCAUUAG